AUGAAGCCUGGUGACCGGGUGUAUACGUUGAAGUACAAUCUUAUCCCUCAUCCCCUGACCUGCUCCACCUCCCCUACAUCGCCGCCCCCUGCCCCAGCCUCCACUACAUCGCCGUCGACAGGAGCUCGAGGGGUGGCCAAGGUCGAGGGUCCUCCUGCCGUGCCCUCCGCCUGUCCCCCGUGCGCCGCCCUGGCCGGCAGCACCCCGCGCGCCGCCGGCGACCUGGUGCUCCUCCACCUCAACUCCAACCGCUUCUGCUGGAUCGUCCCGGAGCCAUUAACAGCGGCGGCGCGGUGGGCUGUUCGUGAGGUGCGGGGCGGCGGCGGUCGCGUCCCUCGCAGCGUUGGGCGCGUCCACGAUGGGAGAGGGGCAGCGGUAGUCCGGGUCAGGGCGCCAUCCCGCCGGCGCUCUUCGACCGUCCGCUCGACGUUGGGUCGUGGGCGCUGGGAGGUGUCCUGGCGCACGAGCUGCAGCGCCAUGUACGGAGGAGUCAGGAUCGAGCCAACCCUUCGUCCUCGUGGUCGACCUGGCGCGUUUUGGCAUGGGGCUGAGUGUGCCAUCGCGGUGGAGGUGGACUACGGCGGCGGCGCUGGGCCCGAUUCAGCGAUGGAGAAUGGACAUCAGCAGGUCCUCAUGCGCGCAAGCAGGUGGCCCGCCCUCGCUUUGCCUUGGUGGCGCGAUCUGAACAGCCGUGUUCAAUCCUAGACUGAAGCUCAAGGAAGAAAAAUCCGGGCGGGGAAGAUCUCGCGGGCAGCUACAGGCAAACACGCAGGCAUUUUGGAGAAGAAACUCGUUUUGGUCUUCAUCUAUACAGGAAAAAAUUAACAAUUUAUUGGAUUUGCAAGUUUGGUGUUCUUUUAUCUAAUGAUGAAUGAUUCCCGGAGAUACUAAUUAGCACUUGCUUGUUGAUUUUGUGUGCGAGUAUAGAGUAUU